AUGAUGUGGAAUCCAAGGGAGAAUAUUAAUGGGCAAAAGAAUGGAGGAGAAAAGUGCAUAGCAGUGGCUAUAGACAAGGAUAAAACAAGCCAACAUGCAUUGAAAUGGGCAUUAGAUCAUAUUGUUACCAGAGGUGAAACUUUGAAACUUGUUCAUGUUAAAGAAAGGACACCAUCAUUCCCUUCUCCAGUCCAAGGUGAUAAAGAUGAUCCUCCAGUGCAUCAACGGAUUGACAGCAAUACCAUGGAGUUGUUGCUUCCAUUUCGAUGUUUCUGCCGGCGUAGACAAAUAGAAUGCGAGACCAUUGUACUUGAAGAUGUAGAUGUAGCAAAAGCACUGAUUGCAUAUGUUUGCCAACAAGGAGUUGACACUUUGUUUCUUGGUUCUACCUCCAGGAAUGGGCUCUCUAGACUCUUCAGGACUACAGAUAUUCCAAGCAAUGUCUUAAAGUGGGCACCAGAUUUCUGCACAGUGUAUGUAGUUUCAAAAGGGAGGAUCAGCACCGUCAGGACUGCAACUCGUCCAGUCCCAACACUUCAAAUUAGUGGAGGGCUGCCACUUGCUCAACGUACCUCCACUGCGGACCCAAUGCAUAACACAUUAUAUAAGAGAUUGUAUGAUGAGAUGCCUGCAGCUGACUUUGAUAACCCAUUGACUAGUUCAGGAAGGAUAAGCACAGAUAGCAAUUUCCUAAACUUUUAUGAAUAUCUUGGUGGGUCAUGUGAGUUAACCUGUAGAGAGUCUACAAGGAAUUCAUAUACAGAGGCAACAUUCUCUGAGUCACCACUUCACCUCAUCGCCUCUUUCCCUGAGUACAACAAUGAUUCGGAUAACAUUUUGGUAACUAUAUUAUGUUCUUUUGAUGUAUACGAAGAAGAGAUGAGAAGACUGAAGACUGAGCUUAAGCAAACAAUAGAAAUGUACCAUGCUGCCUGCAAAGAAGUACUUGCUUUAAAACAAAAGGCUUCUGAACUAGAAGAAUGGAGAAGAAAAGAAGAGAGCAAAAGAUUGCAAGAGGCACACAUAAUACAGCAAAAUGCAUUGGAGAUGGCAGAGAGAGAGAACACAAAAGAGAAAACAAAGUGCAAUGUUGCUGCAAUUGGAACAGCUGAAGCAGUUCAAAAGCUUGUUCAGAUAGAGGUACAAAAGAGAAUGAAUGCAGAAAUGAAAGCUCUAAGGGAGGCGGAAAAGCAUCAAGUCUUAGAUGCAUUGAGCCAUUCCAACAUUGUCCUUAAAUAUCAGAGCUUAUAUCACAUGAUGGUCGUUUUAUUUUUGUUUUAUUUGUACUUCUCGAUAUUGAAAUAAGU